UAACCUUUUCCGGUUAUUAUUCGUAUUCUUAAUCUUUUUUAACCAGUGUGUUUGACUAGGCUUAGAUUAUUCAUUCUAAUUUGGUGUUAAUGUUUAAACAAUGGGCCUUAAAGAAGCAGUUAUUUAUCUAGACAAUCAGUUGAACACAUAUUAUGCCGGCCAAACAAUUAAUGGAAGGAUAGAAUACGUUUUCGAUAGUCCCAAAAAAGUUCGUGGUAUCCAUGUCAAGUUUAAAGGCGAGGCCCACACUGAGUGGCGUGAAAGUAAAGAACAGCAAACAUCCGACGGGAAAACUGAGAACACUGAUGAAGUACACACGGGGAAUGAGGAGUACUUCCAAAUAUUUUACUAUUUACUUGGAAGCAAUACUGGUAAUGAGAUAGAAGUGCCAGCAGGCAAGCAAGUGUACAGCUUCACCUGCGCCCUGCCUCCCGUGCUGCCAUCCUCUUUCGAGGGGGAAUUCGGAUAUGUUCGAUACACGGUCAAGGUGACCCUUGACCGUCCGUGGAAGUUUGACCAGGAGACGAAGAUGGCUUUCACUGUUAUCAACGCUUUGGACCUUAAUCUCAAUCCGUCUUACCGGGAGCCAAUCCGUAUGCAGCUGGAGAAGACAUUCUGCUGCUUUUGCUGCGCGUCCCCACCGCUGUCCGUGGACAUCCAAGCCCCGGUGUCCGGCUACUGUCCCGGACAAGUGAUCCCCUUGACUGUGGACAUUGAGAAUAAGAGCAAUGUGCAGCUGCAUUUGGUUAAACUGUUUUUAAGAAAGGUUGUGACAUACCGAGCGACUUCGCCAAGCACAGCCACAAAGAAAUGCAAAGAAGUGGUGUUAACGGUCCAAGAGGGCCCCGCGCCGGCCGGCUCCACCAAGCACUGGGACAUGCGGCUCGAGAUACCCCCGAUACCGCCCUCUAACCUGGUCAACUGUAGCAUUAUCGACUUGGAUUACGAUCUGAAGGUGGAGUGCGUAGUAUCGGGGCUGCACACGAACCUGAAGGACCGCAAGUACGUGACGAUCGGCACCGUGCCGCUCAUGGGCGGCCCGCUCCCCUCCGCACCGCCCGCCCCCGCCCCCGCCCCCGCCCCGGCGUCGCCCGGCCAGCCCGCCGUGCUGCCGCUCGGCCCGGGGGAGAUAGCGCAGCCUAAUGGCCCGCCCGGGGGAGACUCGGCCGGCGGCUGGGCGGUGCCGGGCUCCGGGCCGUCGGCGCCGCCGCACCAGUCGCUCUAUCCUACACUCUCCAUGCCCGUGUACAAGGAGUCCAGCUACACCGCGCGCACGAUCCAGGACCGCGGCGACAACAACCACACUCGGAUCGCGGGGCCGGUCAGCUUCGCCCCCUUCUACCCCACCUACGCGGCCGUGCUGCCUCCUCCGCUGCCUCAGUAGUUCCUAGUAGAACCAAACUAAUUCUGAUAAUCAUUUUCCAAUUUCAUUAAAUUGUUCGGGUACGCUCGGCAAGACGGUUUCGAGUACAGAUUUAGAGCAUAAUUGUAUUCCUUCGUAUUUUCUGGGAAACGUUCGUAUUUGCAAAGAGGAUAUAUUAAGAUAAGGUACUGUCAUAGUAAAUUUUGUAACCACUGUAAAUUCACUGCCAUCUAUCGACAUACUUUAAAACUAAAAAUGAAGAUUUAUAAAAAUACGUUAAAAUGUAUUUAGAUAUGGAUAAAUGAUUUUUUUUAUUUGCAUUAAUUAUAUUUAUAUGAUUUUGACCCAUGUUCUUUAACGAAUAUGCGUUAAAAUUAUAAAUAACAAACGAAACCGUCAACGCCCUCUAUACGAGAGUAGGCCAAAACUAGUGGUGACAUCUGAUCGAGAAUCAAAUUUUCGUGACUUUCGAGGCACGUUUUUUCCUUAGACUGUAUCCAUCUAUUACGGAGUUAUUGUAUUUUUGGUAUUUGUCAUGCUACUUCAGUCAACCUUGGUACUUUUUGUACCGAGACUGACUGAAAUAGCAAGACACGUUCGUACGUUUCCGUGAAAAUACGUAGGAAAAUAAUUAUGCUCUACAUCUGUAUAGUUAAGACAUGGAAUUCACAGUCUAGUCGAAUUUAGGUAGCGGACGGAACUCAUAACGUCAGGUUUUAACGCGAAGCUUUUUAAACUUGUGCGAAUGAGGCCUAAAGUUCCGCACUCUUUGUCGCGGGUCAAAAACCGACCAAAAUCGGGCAACAAGGCGCCAAAAAUGCGAAUCAGGACCACAAAGCUAGUCAAGAAGAAGAAAUAUUAGGAUUCACAAGAUCUAUUUACAGAAGGGGGAGCUAGGCAAUGCUAAAUCGGAAAAUUAUUGUUAGAAUCUAGUUUCGGAAAUAUUAUUGCAUCAAAUUUUUCUAAUUAUAAUAAUUAUAUACAAAAAGCUUUUCGAUAUAUUUAUACAAACUUAGCGUAACGUAAUAUUUAAGUGAAUGUUAUCGUGGUUAACUAACAAAAUAUAUGAUAUUUAGCAAUUAUUGUAGCGCCAACGCCAAAAUAAUGUUGCCAGAGAAUCUCAUUUGCUUUAUUCGGCUGUUGAACAAAAAUUAUGCUGAAUAUUUUUAUAGAAUCUCGGUGCAGCUGAAGUUACAAAAUAUUGGCAUUUCUAAGUGCUUUUUGGCAUAUAUUUAGGCACUUUAUCUUAUUGAUGCUUCCGUCCUAACGCACACAAUGCAUCGCGUUUAUUAUAAAUUAAACUAACCUUUUAGUAUUAUUUUGGAUUUGUAUUUUCUAAUAUAAUAAGGACAUUAAUGUUUUCCCUCGUUUUCUAAUAUUAUUUCAAAAGACAAAUAUACUACAGUG